CAUAUUACACUAAAAAGUAUCAAAAGUAAUUUUAAUUUAAUGAUAAAGUGAACCUUGAACGCCACAUCUCUCGUAACGUUACCAUCGUUACCAUCGCUCCGCUGUCUCCAGCGCAUAUAUAAAGUUGCUAUGGCAACCUUGUGGCGAAAAUCAAAUCAACAUAAAAAGUCAAGUUUUUUUUAUUUCCAAACAUUUGGUAGUUUCUUGGUUGAACUGUUGCAAAUACUGGUGUAAAAACCACAACCAGGAAAUCCUGCUGAAAGCUGCUGAAACAGAGAAGACAUGACUGGUGUUGAGGAUGUUCAACUGGACCUGAGACAAGAAGGUGAAAAUGCUGAUGACAAAUCAGUAAUAAUUUCCACGGAUGAAGAGGAAACAGACAGAAGACAGACGCAAAACAGCUGGCUGAAGAGACUGCGAUCUAGCUGGCAAGCUGUUUUGAUUGGGUUUUUGGUGGUGCUUUUUUGUAGUGUGACCGCUGUCCACAUUGCUCAGAUAUAUGAACUUAAAAGACUGAAAGCGGAAUCACAGCUUAUUUCAGAGACCUCCACGCUGCUGCUGAUUCAAAACAAUCAGCUGAUAAAACUUGUGAACUCCAGUUGUAAAGAAAAUGUCACUCUUCUGGAACAUAAGUAUGGCCAACUGAAGCUGCUCCUAAACGCAACACAACAAACCUUCAUGCAGCUGGAAGCAGAAAAUCAACGCCAGCGUUCAAUCCUGUCCUCCGACAAAAUGGCCUUCGUCUGGAAAUUCUGCAACGAGACCACACUGCAGUGUGCACGCUGCGAGCCUGGCUGGGUCGUGCACGAUUCACGUUGCUUCUUUUUGUCCCCGGAAACAUUUAAUUGGGAAAGAGCUCGCAGCAAGUGUAUUGCAAUCAGUGCUGACCUGGCUGUUGUUUUGAAUGUCGAUGACCAGGAAUUCCUUACCAACUUGACUUUUGAGUUCCACCAGCAGCACCCUAAUGUAAACUUCCAUUCAGCGUGGAUCGGGUUGCAGGACAUUGUGCAGGAGGGCAACUACCAGUGGGUUGAUGGCCGAAGCAUCGACCAAGAUGUCAUUUACUGGAUGCCCCAGGAGCCAAACAACGCCAUGCCCGCCUGGGACAAAGACCGGGGAGGACAGGACUGUGUUGCCAUUGUCCCACCGAUGCGCAGAGGACAGGCACAUUGGUUAUACACCUGGGAUGACAUUGUUUGUGUUGGCAGCAGGAACUUCAUUUGUGAGACCAAGGCUUUCACUUAGUCCUGACUGACAGACCUGUGAUGUAGCUGCAUGUUGUUGGUUAAGAUGUGGAAGAUAAAGCAACAUGUCACUCUCUCUCUCAAGCUGAAUUCACUGGUGUUUAUUUCAGAAUUUAUUUUUUACAUGCUAAAUUUCUCAUGGUCAUUCAUAACUUUUCAUUCCACUUGUUUGUGAAAUUCUGAUAAACAAUUCAAAUGCUCUCUGUAACCAGAAUCUACGGAAACAGAUCUGCAGCUUAUUCUCCGAUAAACUGGCAAAUAUGUAAACAGUAAUGUUUUUGUUCCCCAUAAAGUGUAUUCAAAUACAGUUCUUUGAAAGAAUGGA